AUGGCCACGGGGCCGUCAUAUAUUCGUAAAGGAAUAGCCUCUCAAGAGGAACCGAGUUCUGUAACAAAUUACGCGGCAGUUCAAGAAUUCGGCUCAAGAUAUGCUAUCAGAUUUUCUGUACCUCCAUUAUAUUGUAGCACUGAAAACCCAAUAAAAGUUUUUUUAUAUGUUGAUGGUGAGUAUGAUUAUUCUUACACGGAUAUUAAUCCAACCAAGCUAGGUGAGACGAGGACGUGUUUUUGGAGUAAAAGUAGAGAUAAGAUAUAUUACUUUAAAUUUGAUCCGACUAUUUGGUCAGAAGAAAAAUAUGGAAUAAAUAACUCCUCAAAUCAAAAAACUUAUCCUUUUGGAGGACCUGGAGCAGUAUCAGCAUAUUUUUAUCGAGCAGAACGCGUCCCAUGGAAUGUUUCACCACCACCAGACUAUAGUGUUGAACCAGCUAUUAUUCCAGAGAAUAAUGAUACAAGAUCUAUAAAGUUGUCAACACAAUAUGAUGUUCAACGAGUAUCAAAUCCGUCAAUUACAAGAUUCGAUACUUAUUUACAAGAGAAAGGAUAUCCAAUAGCAGUACUUCAUCUUCAUUAUCGUGCAGCAGCUUGGCUAAGAGCACGCGGACAUGAUGUCCCAUUUCCUCAUUCUCCUAAUCGAUUUACAACGAUCACUAACGAUACGAAUUUUGCAUCAACAUCACAACAUAAUGAUGUUAAACAAGAAAUGAUAGAGAUUAAAGAAGAGCCAGAUGAUGAAGUUGAAAUCCUUAGUGUUAGGAGACGAUCUAGGAAUGAACGAAUUCGUGAGGUUAUUGUUAUUAGUUCAGAUGAUGACGACGAAAAGCCACAAGUUAAAAAGAUAAGAAAUAAUAAUUAUACUUCAUAUUGA